AUGGAUGAAUAUUACAAGAGAAGUGGGCAAAUACCAGCUUUUGGAAACUGGGAUAUUGCGAAUGAGUUGCCAAUAACUCAAUAUUUCGAGAAUGCAAGACAAGCUGGUUUGAUUCGUCACCGUUCUUCAUCUGCUGAGACUAAUCCAUACUUGCAUGGAGAUAAUCACGACCACUACGCCGUUGAUUUAAAGAAACCAGCUCCAAAGGCAACGAGAAUAAAAGAUAGAAGGUACACAAAUGCAACAAUGGUUAAAGAUAAAGAAACGAGAGUGAGAAAACAGUGGAAAGUGUACGAUGUAAAGGAACAUCCGAGGAAACAGACAAUGAACAACAAGAAGACACUACAUGUAAACGACGUCGUUUGUAGUGGUCUUCAGUUACCUUCAAAACAACAUCCAAAACCAGUUGAUGAAGAUCUCUACAAGAUCCCUCCUGAACUUCUUCGUACAACUAAACGGAAAAAGAUGUUGGGUUUCAUUCCAAAAUGUUUGGUACCUGCUGCUUGCGUUUCAUAA